AUGGAGAAGAUCUCUGCAGUGGAGGACUUUCUGACCUGUCCUGUUUGUCUGGAGACCUUUAAAGAGCCAGUGUCUCUGGGCUGUCACCACAGCUUCUGCUCCGUCUGUCUACACAACUACUGGGACCAGAACAGCACCAGGACCUGCCCCGUGUGUCGCAGGAAGGUCUCGAAAGACUUUCUAGAUGUGAACUUUGCUCUGAAGGAACUGACUCUGUCCUUUACACAGAAGGAGCAGGCUCCAGGAGGAGAGAGGCCUGUGGUGUGCUCCUCACACCCAGAGCAGACGCCUCUGUUCUGCCUGGACGAGAGGCGCGCCCUCUGUGUCCUGUGUGUGGAGCUCUGUGAACGCCACAUCAGGGGGGAGUUUGAGCGGUUACACCGGUUCCUCCAACAGGAGGAGGAGUCUGUGCUCAGAGCUCUGAGACAGGAGCAGAGCAGACAGGCCCAGGCCAUAGAAGCACAGCUACAGCAGAUCAGGGAGGAGCUGUGUACUAUGGAGCAGAACCUCCAGACUGUGGAAGAUCUACUGCAGAGACAGAGCGUGGACUUUCUCACACAGUACAGACACACUCACAAAGACACACAGACUCUGCUCUCACAGCACAGCCCACAGCUGGGACCAGGACUCCUGAUAAACCAGGCCAAAGUCCUGGCCAACGUGGCCUUCAACGCCUGGAACAAGAUGAGAGCCCUGGUGAGCUACAGUCCAGUCACUCUGGACCCAAACACUGCAGGCAGACGGAUCCAUCUGUCUGAGGAUCUGAGGGGGGUGAGACGUGGAGACAAACAACAGGUCCCUGAAAAUCCAGAGAGAUUCUGUAAAUAUGCCUUUGUUCUGGGCAGUGAGGGCUUCAGCUCUGGCUCUCACCAGUGGGACGUGGAGGUGGGAGAUCAUCCGAGAUGGAACAUUGGUUUGGCCAAAGAAUCUGUCGACAGGAAGGGAGAGAUAGAUAUCACUCUGGAAAAUGGACUCUGGUGUUUGGGCCUUUACAGGAGAAAAUACUUUGGUUUUGGUAAAAAACUGUCCCUGAAGAGGAGACCUCAGAGGAUCCGAGUUCGACUGGACUGUGAUGAAGGGAAAGUGUUUUUCUUUGACGCUG